UCUUUCUAACGAAAACAAGAAAAUCCAAUGGCUAGUUUAAAAAUGGCACACUUAGUGCUUAUGGGGAUGCUUCUGAUGUCAUUUCUACCCAAAUAUACCAUUGCACAGCUCAGGCCUAUGUGCAUUUCCCAGUUUGCCCUUGUCAACCAAGCCUGUGCUGUUCUGAAAUUCACAGAUGCCCCCAGUGAUCGAAACAACACCAACAGGAUUCAAGUAGCCUCUGAUAAUGACGACGACGACGAUGAUGACAAUGACGACGAUGAUGACAAUGGCAACGACGCCGAUAAUGAUGACGAUGAUCCAGACGAGCCUGAACAUGACAAUAGACAAAGAAACCGAAAUGGCAACAGAACAAGGCGUGGAAAUAGAAACAGCAAUGGACAAAGGCAAGGAAAUAGAAAUGGCAACGGGCAAAGGCACAGGAAUGGAAAUGGCAACAGGCAAAGGCACGGACAUGGCCAUGGAAAUGGACAUGGAAGUAGGCAUGGACAUGGAGGGAGGCAUGGGGAUGACCCACGAGUGUUCAGGGACUGCUGCCGAUGGCUGGAUGAGGUUGAUGAGUCAUGUGUAUGCACUGCUUUGCUCCGCUUGCCUCCAUUCCUUGUCAAGCCUAAGCACCGAUACUUCAUCAAGGUGGGGGACACUUGUGACCGCACUUUUGACUGUCAUGGGGCUUAGAAAAGUUUCUAGGGCUAGUCUAACUUGAUACGUGGAACUUUGGGUUGUAGUAUGUCUUGGUUAGCAUUAGUGCUGUGAGUGGUAUGAGUCGCAUUAUUACUAUGUUUUCGCUAGAUAUUGGCAAUUGAGUGUGUGGGUAUAAGUCGUGUCUAGCUUCAAUGUUAGUAACUUAAUCUCCUAUAUAUGUCUCGUAUUGCAUGUUCCUCAAUCGUUAUAUUAAUUGCAAUUAUAAUAAGGAGUUCUGGGUUUGUUGCAACAGAAAUGUUGCAGAUUUGAUAGAGGAAAUGAACUUGAUUCCGUUUAUUUGGUUUA